AUGGCGGUUUCUGCUUCUGCUUCUGCGUAUGUUUUCAAGCACGACUACCAACGCCCUGCAUCCCUUUUCUCAUCAAGAUCGCGACUCAGUUACAAACCCUUUAGUGCAAGUUCUAAUAUGAACUCCUUUUCUAUAUCUCCAUCCACCUCCAAUGGAUUUUCUCUUUCUUCUUCUUGCUUUCUCCAUGCGCAUGCUACUGCUUGUUCUUUCCGGUUCACGAGAGUUUCCGUCCACCGUUGCAGGCGUCGCUGUCUUUGCUCCCAUCCGCACAGAUCUGAAACAGUUGUAGUCAAGUACGCCAUGAAAGCGAAAACUCCAAGUGACCGAAGACGAGUUGUUGUGACGGGGAUGGGUGUAGAGACACCAAUUGGUCAGAAUCCAGAUGAAUUUUACAAUAACCUGCUUGAAGGAGUCAGUGGCGUUACUGAAAUAGAGGCAUUUGAUUGUUCAGACUAUCCUACUCGAAUAGCUGGAGAGAUCAAAAGUUUUUCGACUGAUGAAUGGGUCGCUCCGAAGCUCUCCAAAAGGCUUGAUAAAUUUAUGCUUUACAUGCUAACAGCUGGCAAGAAAGCAUUGGUAGAUGGUGGGUUGACAGAAGGUCGAAUGGAGGAGAUAGAUAAAAGUAGAUGUGGGGUUUUGAUCGGAUCCGGUAUAGGUGGUAUGAAGGUCGUAAGCGACUCUAUAGAAGCACUGAGGGUCUCACCUAGGAAGAUGAAUCCUUUCUGCGUACCUUUUGCAAGUACUAACAUUGGAUCAUCAUUGCUAGCCAUUGACCUGGGUUGGAUGGGUCCAACAUACUCUAUAUCUACAGCUUGUGCCACUAGCAAUUUCUGCAUUUUAAAUGCAGCAAAUCAUAUCAUCGACGGGGAUGCUGAUAUGAUGCUUUGUGGUGGCUCUGAAGCUCCAAUUAUACCUAUAGGAGUUGGGGGUUUUGUGGCAUGCAAAGCUCUAAGUGAGAGGAACAGUGAUCCUACCAAAGCUUCACGUCCAUGGGAUUCGGGUCGUGAUGGAUUUGUUAUGGGAGAAGGAGCUGGAGUUCUGUUGGUUGAAGAACUUCAACAUGCUAAGAAAAGAGGUGCUAAUAUCUACGCAGAAAUUUUGGGCGGAAGCUUUAGUUCUGAUGCUUAUCAUAUGACAAACCCUCACCCUGAAGGUGCUGGUGUUAUAUUAUGCAUGGAAAAGGCUUUAUCUCAAUCAAGGGUAUCCAGGGAAGAUGUGAACUACAUAAACGCACAUGCUACAUCGACACCAGCUGGAGACAUCAAGGAAUAUCUUGCUAUAACUCAUUGUUUUGGCCAAAACCAAGAGUUAAGGGUGAACUCGACAAAAUCCAUGAUAGGUCACCUUCUAGGAGCAGCAGGUGCCGUGGAAGCCGUUGCAACGAUACAAGCCAUACGAACAGGUUGGGUGCAUCCAAAUGUUAACCUUGAUGAUCCAGAUAAAGAUGUGGACAUAAAUUUGUUAGUGGGGAAAAAGAAAGAAAGAUUGGACAUCAAGGUGGCGAUGUCGAGCUCAUUUGGUUUCGGGGGUCAUAACUCUUCAAUAUUAUUUGCGCCUUUCUCAUAA